GCUGUUCUCCGUCUGUCUGUCUCACUGCCUCUCUUGCUUGCUGACUCUCUAUCUCUGUCUCUCGCUCUCUCUCUCUCUCUCUCUCUCGCUCGCUCGCACUCUGCAGGAGGAUCCGAGGAGGCGCCUACUUACUCGGCCGCAAGAGCGUCACACUUGCCCGGUACACCGGCUCCGGUCCUCCUCCUCUUCUUGAGAAAGUCAACGGACACUUGGAGGCUUGGAAGCUCGGACGACCGACCGGCUCAGCACAUUAGACAAUUUCGCCUCGUCGCGUCUCGCACCUGAGCUCACGAAGCAUGUCCGCCCCCGCCGGCAAAGAGGUGAAGGAGCUCAACCCGGUCGACUUCAUCCAGCUACAGCAGUACAUUGAAUAUUGCAGCCUGAAGGUGAAAGACGUGCUGCGGGAAUUCGAUGCAGAUGGCCGCCUCUCUCAGCACAGACAUGGAGAGUGCAUCAAUGAAGAAGGCUUUCGUCUCUUCCUGAAGACUUAUUUGGAAGUGGACGACUUCCCAGCAGAUCUGUGCCAGCGACUCUUCCGUUCUUUCCAGAACUCUGAAACUGCUCAGGAAGACAGCAACAAGGAGGUCUUUCUAAAGGAUGUUUCGUGUUACUUCUCACUCUUGGAGGACGGUCAGCCUCGGGACAAGCUGGAGUUUGCUUUCAAGCUCUACGACAGAGACGGCAACGGCGUCCUGGACAGCUCGGAAGUGGAUCGAAUUAUUGCUCAAAUGAUGCACGCUGCUGAGUACUUGGGUUGGGACGUGUCAGAGCUUAGGCCGGUUCUCAAGGACAUGAUGACUGCCAUAGAUGCCGACAGCAGCGGUACUGUGUCUCUGGAGGAGUGGGUGGAGGGCGGCAUGAACAACAUCCCCCUGCUGGUCCUACUGGGCCUGAAGAUGACACAGACAGACGGACAGCACCUGUGGAGAAUGAAACAUUUCAACAAGCCUGCUUACUGCAACGUUUGCCACUGCAUGCUUCUGGGUCUCAGGAAGCAAGGCCUGUGUUGCACCUGCUGCAAGUACACAGUCCACGGCCGCUGCGCUAACAGGAAUCCAGACCCCUGCGCCAGAACCUAUGUGAAGUCCAAGAAAGAAACUGGGGUUCCAGCGCACGACUGGGUGAGUGGCAACUGUGAAUCGAGGAAGUGUGACAAGUGCCAGAAGAAAAUCAAGAGCUUCCAAGGCCUGACGGGCAAACAUUGUGUGUGGUGCCACUCCAUGCGCCACGAUGCGUGUGCAGACGAAGAGCCGAGCGAAUGCAGGUGCGGGCCACUCCGAGACCACAUCCUGCCUCCGUGGGCCGUCUAUCCCGUCAUCAAGGAGAGAUCCAACAACGGCUGCUGCGGUCAGUUGGACGACACUGAGCUCAAUACAACACCUGAUGGACAAGUCCUUCAAAUCAGCCCCGUGCCCAAUACACACCCUCUUCUUGUGUUUGUCAAUCCCAAAAGUGGAGGCAAGCAAGGGGAAAGGGUCCUACGUAAAUUUCAGUAUUUGCUCAACCCCCGGCAGGUGUACAACCUUUCCAAUGGUGGACCAGCUGCAGGCCUGAGUUUCUUCAGAGACCUUCAGGAUUACAGGAUCCUUGUAUGCGGCGGAGACGGCACAGUCGGCUGGAUCCUGGAUGCCAUCGACAAAGCCGGUAUGCUGGCGCGGCCGCCAGUUGCCGUACUUCCUCUGGGCACAGGAAAUGACCUCGCGCGGUGCCUGCGGUGGGGAGGAGGAUAUGACGGCGAGGACCUCAAUAGGAUCCUGAAGGACAUCGAGACGAGCUCCGAGGUUCUGAUGGACCGCUGGAGCGUGCAGGUCAUCACGGAGGCAGGUGAAGAGAAGGGUGACCCCGUGCCAUACGAAAUCAUCAAUAACUACUUCUCCAUCGGAGUGGACGCCUCCAUCGCCCACCGUUUUCACACCAUGAGAGAGAAACAUCCUCAAAAAUUUAACAGCAGGAUGAAGAACAAGUUGUGGUAUUUUGAAUUUGCCACCUCAGAAACCAUCUCAGCCUCCUGCAAAAAACUAAAUGAAAGUCUAACGAUAGAGUGCUGCGGGACUCCUUUGGAUCUGAGCAGCCUGUCUCUAGAGGGCAUUGCCGUCCUAAAUAUUCCCAGCAUGCACGGUGGUUCCAAUCUCUGGGGUGAGAGCAAGAAGAGCGAGGUCAAGGGGCCAAGCGGUCAGGACGAACCUGAUGUGAUCGUGGACCCUGAAAUCCUGAAAGUGACUGGACAAGAUCUGAGCGAUCGUAGACUGGAGGUGGUGGGCCUGGAGGGCGCCAUGGAGAUGGGACAAAUUUACACAGGCCUGAAGAGCGCCGUCAGGCUGGCCAAGACAGCGCAGCUCACCAUCAGGACCAAGAAAGCAUUGCCAAUGCAAAUUGACGGGGAGCCAUGGAUGCAACCGCCCUGCACGAUUCACAUCACGCACAAGAACCAAGCUAGCAUGCUGAUGGCUCCUCAGGCAAAAGCGUCUGGGUUCUUCAACUACAAAUAAAAACAAACGCUCCGUCUCCAGGCACUAUUGUAAAUUCUACAAAAUAUAGAAAUCCGGAAAAUUGAAACUCCAGAGCUACAUUUGCUCCUUUUGAAGAGCGGCAUGCCAUAUCAGUUUUGUCUUUUCUGUGGAAACAAAACAAAAAUAAGCAUCACAGACAAAGAAAGCACUUACACCAACAUCAUUUUGAUUAAUAAACUGCAAUUCUAAUUUUUUCAAUUUGAAAUUUUCUUAAAAUGUGAAUUACACUAUGGCGCCUGGUCCCACUCAUGGACUUGAUUACUGUAUAGAACUAACUGACAUGUUUUAAGUCUGUAACAUUAUGCCGUGUAGAAUAGUUACAUAAUUGUAAGAUUAAAAAAAAAGGAAACAAAGGACUUAUUUAAAACAAUCAACGCCCCAAUGCUGAAGGUAGUAAUGUCAAUUUGCUUCGAGAAGGACAGCGAGUGCCUUUUUGAUUGCUUCUGCUGAAAUUAGGUAGACACACUGGGAACUGCACAUACCUUGAGUUGUAAUUGUGGAGUGACUUAUUAUAAUAACUAUAACAGUGAUAAUAUUGAUCAGAAUAUUACAAGAGGACCACGAGCUAAAGAAGUUUAAUGCUUUUGUACAUUUAAGAGGAAAUGGCUGACAUUAUGUAAUGUGUGUGUUUGUAAAUCUAAUGUCUCAGAGGGACGUAAGGCCAUUUAUUAGACCUAGCCUUCAAAUAUCACCCAUCAAUUAAUUUGUUCAGGUUUAAAAGAGAACAUUAGUGUGUCUCAAACGUAAUCCUGAAUGUUUACGUAACUGUGCUCUAUGGAGUCAAAUAAUUUCAUGAUACCAAGAGGGUCUUGUGUUGUUACUGCAAUAUGCCUGAAGUGACCGAAUGUGCAAUGAAACUUAAUAAAUGACAACGAAAUCA